AUGCUUCCCGCAGGCACUCCCAGAAAUGGGCAGAUCGCGCCGAGCUGGACGCAAAGUCCAGCUCCGCCGACUAGCGAGAGCCAACCACCCCUCCCUCCCCGUCCUCGCGCACCUGAUCCUUGCCCAGUCAGGGCAUGGGCGCCGCGGCCGCCAGUCACCCCAGCGCCAAGGGCGGCUAAAGCAGCACUGGCAGCGGUACUUUCAACCCCGGCGCUUAGACUGGAGAAGAGGCCCCCACCGGGACAGCAGGCCCCCAAGGCUCAGCCCACAACGAAGCGGACCAAACCCUGCGUAGUUCGCAUAGAGGCCCUCCCGCAGAAGGUCCGACUAGUCAGGCGCCCUAGGAAACCGCUGCGGCCCACCCAGGACAUGCCCUUGCUGGUGUAG